UGGAUGAUGAAAGGCUUUCAGCAGAGGAAAUGGAUGAGAGAAGGCGUCAGAACAUUGCUUAUGAGUACCUGUGCCACUUAGAAGAAGCAAAAAGGUGGAUGGAGGUCUGCUUGGAUGAAGAGCUGCCCCCAACUACAGAGCUGGAGGAAGGCUUAAGAAAUGGUGUUUACCUUGCCAAGCUUGCAAAAUUCUUUGCCCCUAAUGUGGUGUCAGACAAAAAGAUCUAUGAUGUGGAGCAGACACGCUAUAAGAGAUCUGGCCUUCACUUUCGGCACACUGACAACACUGUGCAGUGGUUAAGAGCAAUGGAGUCCAUUGGUCUGCCCAAGAUCUUUUAUCCAGAGACUACAGAUGUCUAUGACAGGAAAAACAUCCCUAGGAUGAUAUAUUGCAUUCAUGCUCUAAGUUUGUAUCUGUUCAAACUAGGAUUAGCACCACAGAUCCAGGACCUAUUGGGAAAAGUAGACUUCACAGAGGAAGAAAUCAGCAACAUGCGAAAGGAGCUUGAGAAAUAUGGUAUACAGAUGCCAUCUUUUAGUAAAAUUGGUGGGAUUCUGGCCAGUGAAUUAUCAGUGGAUGAAGCUGCCUUGCAUGCAGCAGUAAUAGCAAUCAACGAAGCUAUUGAGAAGGGAAUAGCUGAGCAAACCAUUGCAACUCUGAGGAACCCAAAUGCAAUGUUGGUAAACGUGGAUGAAGAACUUGCACAGGACUAUCAGAAUGAACUUUUCGAAGCUAAAAGGAGAAAAGAAUCAAAUGCAAGACUUAAGGUAGUGAAUGGCACAAUCUCUGAAGAAGAGAGAGAUGUCUACGAGGAGCUGCUGACACAAGCUGAGAUUCAAGGCAAUAUCAAUAAGAUAAACACAGUUGACAAUAUCAAUACUGCAAUUCGUAACUGUGAUCCUAGUAAAACACUGGUUGCAUUGAUGAAACCGGAGGCGCAGCUGCCUGUUGUUCACUCAUUUGCUUCUGCUGUCUAUCAGACUGAGCUGUUCAACCUCCAACAACAGAAUGCUGUGAACUACCUGGCACAUGAUGAACUGUCUAUUGCAGUAGAAAUGUUGUCAGCUGUUGUGUUGCUAAACCAGGCCUUGGAAAAUAAGGAUGUCCUAAUGAUAAAGAAUCAUCUCAGAAAUCCAUGCAUUGGCUUCAAUAAUCUGGAAGAGGAAAACUUUCAACGUUAUGCUGAUACACUAUUGUCUAUUAAGUCAGAGGCUUCAUCUCAAGGCCAGGAUUAUUUAAGCUGGAAUGAUAUCCAAAACUGCAUUGACAUGGUUAAUAUGCAAAUUCAAGAAGAAAACGAAAGAAUCAUUGCAAUUGGCCAAAUUAAUGAAGCAAUUGACCAAGGAAAUCCAGAGAAAACUCUAGAAACUCUACUGUUGCCCACAGCCAAACUGCAAGAUGUGAGAGCAGUGAAUGCAAGGCAUUAUCAGGAUGUUCUACACCACGCCAAAGCACAGAAAUGCAAGGAAUCCCGAGAUGAAUCAGCGCUUCUGUGGCUGGAUGAAAUACAAAAAGGAAUCAGUGAUGCCAAUAACAAUAUAAAAGAAGCAGCAAUCUUGGCUGUUGGAACAUCAGUGAUUAACAAGAGCUUGGAGAAGGGUGAUUCACAGUCAAUCCUGAUGAUACUGCAGUCCAAGUUUGGUUUACGCGUAACUCCUGAGUGUGCUGAAACCUACUUCAGGAACCUCUCCGAAGCCAAGAAACUGAAAACUAGAGAAGAUUCUAAUGAAAGUCCAUGGAUUAAAGUGAUAAUGAAAAACAUGUAUGAUUACUAUUACAAUGUGGAAACUGAGGAAGGUACCUGUGUUGCCCCUGAAGGAGUUGUACCAAAAAAUUCAUGGUUAACUGGUGAAGAAAUACAGAGCAUUGUUGGGCAAGUUAUGGCAGAUUACAAUCGAAAGCAGCUGUGGCUUGCUAAUGAAAAUCUGAUUGUUCAGCUGCAAGCCCGAGCAAGGGGAUUCUUAGUCAGAAAAAAUUAUCGGGAGAGAAAAGCGUACCUUCAAAACCAGGAACCAUCUGCCAUCAAAAUACAGGCUUUCUGGAAAGGAGUCAAACAAAGGAAAAGAUAUGUUGACAGAUUAAAGGUGCUUCAAGGCAACGUUGCUGCUAUAGUUAAGAUUCAGUCAUGGGUCAAAAUGUGGCUAGCAAAGAGAGCUUACAGGAAACGGCUGCAAUACUUCAAGGAUCAUAAUGAUGAAAUUGUGAAGAUACAAGCAUUUCUCAGAGCAAACAAAGCCAGGGAGGACUACAGAACACUAAUUGGUGCUGAAAAUCCACCCUUGACUGUCCUGCGCAAAUUUGCCUACCUCUUGGACCAAAGUGACUUAGACUUCCAAGAAGAACUAGAAGUAACACGGUUAAGGGAAGAAGUGGUUACAAAAAUUCGAUCCAAUCAACAGCUGGAGAAGGACUUGAACUUAAUGGAUAUAAAGAUUGGACUGCUGGUGAAAAACAGAAUCACUCUCCAGGAUGUGGUACUGCACAGUAAGAAACUUAACAAAAAGAGCAAAAGUCAGCUGGAAGAGAUGGUUAUGGUUGACAAACAGGGUAUCAAAGGCUUGAGUAAAGAGAGAAGAAAGAAACUGGAGGCUUAUCAACAUUUAUUCUACCUUUUACAGACUAAUCCCACGUAUCUGGCAAAGCUGAUUUUCCAGAUGCCACAAAAUAAAUCAACAAAGUUUAUGGAUACAGUCAUCUUCACUCUAUACAACUAUGCCUCAAAUCAACGAGAAGAAUAUCUGCUUCUCAAACUCUUCAAAACUGCUCUAGAAGAGGAGAUAAACUCUAAGGUAGACCAGAUACAGGAUAUUGUUACUGGAAACCCCACCGUCAUUAAGAUGGUUGUCAGCUUCAAUCGAGGUGCUCGUGGACAGAACACACUGCGCCAGCUCCUGGCCCCGGUGGUGAAGGAGAUCAUGGAGGACAAGUCCCUCAUAAUCAACACUAGUCCUGUGGAUGUGUACAAGUCAUGGGUAAACCAGCUGGAAAUGCAGACCGGUGAGGCCAGCAAAUUGCCAUACGAUGUAACCACAGAACAAGCAUUAACACACACAGAAGUGAUCAGUAAACUGGAAUCAUCGAUUCAGAGUUUGCGAGCCGUAACUGACAAAGUUCUCACAUCCAUAUUCUCUUCUCUCAAUAUGAUGCCUUAUGGAAUGAGAUAUAUAGCCAAAGUUCUGAAGAGCUCGCUCCAUGAGAAAUUCCCAGAUGCAACAGAAGAUGAACUACUAAAGAUUGUUGGCAACCUCCUGUACUAUCGCUACAUGAACCCUGCCAUUGUUGCUCCUGAUGGUUUUGAUAUAAUUGAUAUGACAGCUGGGGGCCAGAUACACCCUGACCAGAGGAGGAACCUAGGUUGUGUGGCAAAAGUCCUUCAGCAUGCUGCUUCUAAUAAACUCUUUGAAGGAGAGAAUGAACAUCUGUCAUCUAUGAACACUUACCUCUCGCAGACAUACCAGAAGUUCAGGAACUUUUUUCAAGCAGCAUGUGAUGUUCCUGAACCAGAGGAGAAAUUCAAUAUCGAUGAAUACUCUGACAUGGUGACCCUUAGCAAACCUGUCAUAUAUAUCUCCAUCGAAGAAAUUAUCAAUACCCAUUCACUACUAUUAGAACACCAGGACGCUAUUGCCACUGAGCCGAAUGACCUGCUGAAUGAAUUGCUGGAAGGGCUGGGACCUGUUCCCGAUGUAGAGUCUUUCCUUGGGGAAGGAGCUGUUGAUCCCAACGAUCCCAACAGGGAAAGCACGCUGAAUCAACUUGCAAAAACAGAGAUUUCACUGUCUCUGACAAGCAAAUAUGAGUUACGAGAAGGUGAAGAUCAGGAUCUCAAAAGCCUCAUGAUAAAGACCAAAAGACUUACUGUGGAUGUGAUACGAACACAGCCAGGGGAUACGCUUUUAGAAAUAUUAGAAAUACCAGCCACUGCACAACAGGAAUCUGCGCACUUGAAACUUGUAGAAAAACGUGCCAUCUUGGAUUCCAAAACUCCAGAGAAAAUGAAGCACAGUCAGUCUAUUUUUGAAGAUGGGCAGCUACCAAUAGAACAAAAGAAAAGGAAAAUUCAGAGAAAUCUCCGGACAUUGGAACAAGCAGGACUAGUGUCUUCAGCAACUAAGUACCAAGAAAUUAUAAAUGAGAUUGCCAAGGAUAUCCGGAAUCAAAGAAGAUACAGACAUCAUCGAAAAGCUGAAUUGGUGAAACUCCAGCAGACUUUGAAUGCGCUUAACUCGAAGACAGCAUUUUAUGAAGAACAAAUUAAUUAUUACAACACCUAUAUAAAAACUUGUUUAGACAACUUAACAAGAAAGUCAAUUAAACUAGAUGGAAAAGAGGAGGUGAAGGGAAGCAAAAAGCUGAAGCAGGCCUCAUUAAAGUACACAGCUGCAAGACUUCAUGAAAAAGGUGUCAUCCUAGAAAUUGAAGAUCUUCAAACCAACCAGUUUAAGAAUGUGAUGUUUGAUAUCACACCUGGAGAAGAAGUGGGUGACUUUGAAAUCAAAGCAAAAUUUUUGGGGGUUGAGAUGGAAAAAGUGCAGCUUCAUUUCCAGGAUUUGCUUCAGAUGCAGUAUGAAGGUGUGGCUGUAAUGAAAAUGUUUGACAAAGCUAAAGUGAAUGUGAAUUUGCUCAUAUUCUUAUUGAACAAGAAGUUCUAUGGAAAAUGAGUGUCUUCAGAUAUCAUGGACUGCAUCCAUCAUUCGGAAGUCUAUUCAGUAUUUUUUGCUUUUACGCAUUUGUUUGAAGUUUGUUGUUGGACGCUUUUAACUAAAAAAACCCUAAAACACCAAAUGUUCAGAGGAAUGUACACAGUGCCUUUUCAGCAUUGAUAAUGAAGCAGAAAAAUAGGAAAUAGAUUAGUUUAAACAGUUCCAGAUUGCAUUGGUGUUGGUACUUUCAAAUCAAAAUGUUGUUUAGGACACUCAGCUGUUAUUGUGGUUGUAUGGAUUUUAAGCUAGGCAGAAAUUGAAUUUAGCUGAAUAUAUAAACCUCUUCCUAUUAAAACAUUUUUACAUGACCUCAGAUACAUUAUAUAGUUCUUAUUAGGCUUUAAGUAUUUACCAAAAGAAACCCUAAUUUGUUUUUAAGGGAUAGUUUGGGCAAAUAUUUAGUUACAUACUAAGCCUAUUUUCUGGCAGUUGUCAAUUGUAAAGCAAACUUACUGUGCAAUUCAAAAAUUUUUAUAGGUAAUUAUAAAGUGACAAUAACAUCUUGCUGUACAAAAAUAUAUUUUGUGAUUCAUUCCUACUAAAUGCACUACUGCCUCAUGUAAAACAACAUUUUCUACUUUCACAGCCUUUGGAGUGGCAUUGGGGAAAAUCUUCAGAGUGAACAGUUGUUCAGUUUGAAGUAUUUGAAUACGUAAAUUGUGCCUGUCUGUCUUUUUUU